AUGGUUACCUACAUAGACAGAGUAAACACAGCGUUAGACAGAUCAUCCGGCCAAUAUACUGUUUUGCCUGACCGAAGGAAGAUUUUUAACAAUUCGACACACAGACCGGCGAGUCUCGGCUUAAAUAAAGUCAUCAUGAACAGUUACGAUGGGCAGAUGGACUUGUCUGGCAAGUUAAUAAUCAAAGUUCAAUUGGGAGAUGAUAUUCGACGUAUCCCCAUCCACAAUGUGGAUAUUACCUACGAUGAACUUGUGCUUAUGAUGCAACGUGUCUAUCGAGGUAAACUGGGUUCCAAUGAUGACAUCACAAUCAAAUACAAAGAUGAAGACGGAGACCUUAUCACUAUAUUUGACAGUUCAGAUCUUUCAUUUGCCAUUCAGUGCAGCAGGAUUUUGAAACUCACUCUUUUUGUCAAUGGUCUUCCACGGCCAUUAGAGAGUGAUGAGGUGAAAUACAUUCGACGAGAACUCAAGGAACUAAGAAAUCGCAUUAAUCAUCUGUUAGACAUCUUGGAACCACCUGCCACAGGUGUCUCUGAUGAAGGAGAUACUGCCAUGCAAAAUGGUGAUCCCAAAAGUAAACGUCAAACUAGUAUCAACUGUGGCCCAGCAGCUGGAGUUGCCCACAGCAAAGAGUUUGACCCUUUAUCAGCUCAAAGACCCAAUGAGGAAAAUACACAAAACAAAGUGAUGUCAUCUUUUGGCCUUUCUUCUGAUGGACCCACAACAUCUGAGAGUCCUGCACAAACGCCAGUACCAGCCAUCCCUGCUGCUGCAGCGGAACGUGCCGGAACCCCGGAUAGUGUGUCGAGCAUUAGUUCCUCUGCCAGCAACCAGUACCGUAUGCAACAGUUCCGACAGCAGCAGCAGCAACAACAAUUGCAGCAGCAACAGCAGCAACACCAGCAGCAACAAACCACUGGUCCCUCGCCCACCCCUCUACCUGUGCAGCCUCCCUCUCAUCCUGUAAACUCUAGCACUCUAUCUGUGCCUCUGGGUACACAACCCAGUAAUCAGCCACCUCGGUUGCCUGAGUCGACACAAGCUGUUGCCCAAGGAUACUCUGGCCACCAGAUGAUGCCACCAAUGGGAUACCCUGGCCCCCAGAAUUUCCCCACUUCGCAGCAUUAUCCGGCUGCUAGCAUUGGGGGUGCAGUUCGACACCCAGCCUACCAACAUCAGCAGCAACCACCUCAACAACAACAGCAACAACCACCCCAACAGCAGGCUCCACCACCACAACAACAACAACAGCAACCACCCCAACAACAGCCACAGCUACAGCAAUUUCCUGGCAGUGGUGUACCUGGACAACAGUUUAGUCAACAACAUGGUUCAGGUCCUCCUUGUACAUUUGUUGGCACACAGCCAGGCCCUAAUCCCAAUAUUCAGAAUUUUGCUUAUCAGCAGCAGCAGCAGCAACAACAACAGUCGGCACCCCAACAACAACAAGCUCCUAACCAGACUUACAAUCCAUAUCAACAGGGCCAAGGACAGGCAAACCAACAAUAUGGAUUUAAUCCCCAAGUGAGUUCGGCUACCCCUCCGCCCACUGCUGGUGGCACUGGUGGUCCUAACCCUUACGCUCGGGGUCCAGGUUCUUAUGGCAGUGCCUAUCCCCGACCAGCAGCCAACUAUCCACAGCAUAAUAUAUGA